AUGUAUAUAACUGAUGUCACUCCUUUUACCCAACCCAACCCAAGAACAAAGUCAACAAAACAAGUCCCUGGCACCUUCAGUCCGGUUGUCAGGCCUGUCAGCAUCAGAGUAGUCCUUGCUCUGGCUGUUUCGCAAGGCUGGCCAAUUCAUCAAAUAGAUGUGGACAAUGUCUUCCUAAAUGGAGAGCUACAGGAGGAGAUAUACAUGCUUCAGCCACAGGGGUUUCAUAAAGGGAAUUCAAACAUUGUUUGUAAACUAAGGAAAGCAAUUUAUGGUUUGAAACAGGCUCCGAGAGCUUGGUUCCAGAAACUAACCUUAACUCUGAUACAGUUGGGGUUUAAACAAGCUAAAUCUGACAACUCUCUUUUCAUCUCCACAUCCAGAACCACAUCAAUAUACAUUCUGAUCUAUGUUGAUGAUAUAAUCAUCACCAGCAACUCGUCUACAACUAUACAAAGUCUCAUUCAGAAUCUUCAUCAAUUCUUUCCUCUCAAAGACCUUGGCAGACUUCAUCACUUCUUAGGAAUAGAAGUUAACUCAGAUGGUGCAGGUGGCAUUCACCUCUCUCAAACCAAAUAUCUUAUGGAUAUUCUUGACAAACUCAACAUGUCUAAUGCCAAGUCUGUCAAAACACCAAUGGCACCUGCUUCAAAAUUAACGAAUGAUGGUACAGCAGUAUGUCAGGACCCGAGCUGCUAUAGGUCGAUAGUUGGCGCUUUGCAGUAUUUGACCAUUACCAGACCCGAUAUUGCCUACAUAGUCAACAAGUUAUGUCAGUUCAUGCAUACUGCUCUUGAAGUCCACUGGAAAGCAGUAAAGAGACUCCUUAGGUAUCUUAAAGGUACACCGCAACAUGGAUUACACUACCAGAAAUCAAGUGAUACUGAAAUAUAUGCGUAUUGUGAUUCAGAUUGGGCAAGUGAUCAAGAAGAUUUGAGGUCAACAUCAGGAAAUUAUGUGUAUCUAGGACCCAAUAUUGUAUCUUGGAUGGCAAAGAAACAGAGUGGUAUCACGGUCCAGCACAGAGGCUGA